AUGGAGGUGAUUAACGUAAUAAAGAUAAUGAAAGUAACGGAAGACCAGAUGGAAGUGAUGGAAGUGAUAAAAGUCCCAGAAGAGGUUUGCAAUUACAGUCCUUACUCACCUGAAGUCUUACAAGCGGCUCGCUACAUGUCUUUCACGUUGAUUACACUUUCCUGCAUCCUAGGAUUAGUGGGCAAUGCUGUGGUCAUCGCUGUUACCGGAUUCAUCAUGAAGAGAAAAAAUAGUCAAAUCUGGUUUCUAAAUUUGGCUGUGGCUGAUUUUUGCUUUUCCCUCCUUCUUGGGAUUUAUGCUCAUUAUAUUUUCACAGAGAACUGGCAAUUUGGAUCAUAUUUAUGUAAAAUCUCUAAUUAUGCUUCCACGUGUAAUAUGUAUGCAAGUGUUUUCAUCAUCACAGCUCUGACUAUUGACCGUGUCUUAUCUGUGGCCAAACCAAUAUGGCACCAUAAGAAUUUCUCUGUAAGGGUUUGUUGCUGGAUCUGCGCUGCUAUUUGGAUACUAACAGCUCUGGUCAGUCUUCCAGUGUUACUAUUAAGUGAUGCGAUUCAGUACGGUGACAAAAUGCAUUGCAGAAUAGUCAUUGCUAAACCAUCCUAUUCUACUCACAAUGUUCAUAAAAUAGAUGUAAAUGACAGCCUGGAAUACAUGGAAGGUUCUGGUUCUGGUUCAGUAGCUAUAAAAAAUGUCAAUUAUAUUGGAGCAGUAAGUGAAAAAGUAAAUGACAGCCUGGAAUACAUGGAAGGUCCAGGAAUAGUUGGUAUAAUAGGUCCAAUGCCAAUGCAAGAAAAUCAGAAUAUAAACCAUCCCACAAGAGAUAAAUAUAUUUCUAAUGGUACAAAUAUUUUUCAAAUUAUUCAGAAUGCUACAAUAACAACAUCUUGUACCGUUAACCUCAGGGAGCUCAGGGAUACAGCAUUUUCAACAGGCUGCAUUGUUAUCCCGUGUCUAGUUCUUGGUUACUUUAUCCCAUUGGCCGUCAUUCUGGUUUCCAAUCUAAUCAUUGCUCAGCAAGGGGGGAAAUCUCAGUCUGUGAAGAGCCCCAGACUAUAUAGAAUUAUAAUUAUGAUAGUCCUGUUCUUUUUCUUAACAUGGACCCCACUGAUCACAGCUCAGAUUAUUUUGCUAGCUGCUCUUUAUAGUGAGAAUUUAAUACUGAUCUAUAGAAUGUACUGGGUGAUGCCACUUGUGUCCAGCAUAGCCUUUAGUAACAGCUGCAUAAACCCCAUCAUAUAUGUACUGGUUGGCACACAGGCUAGGAAAGCUCUUUCUGAUUUUUUGAGCACAAAACUGUCUUUUUUAGGUGGAACCCGAAGCUCUGGGUGACAUAUUGCCUUUAUCUCUAUUUAUUAGCUAUUCUUCUGCAGACAUAUACUAUUCUCUUAAAAAUCAUGCCUAUUGUUUUGUCCUCCUCUUGUAGUCCUGUCCUUGUGCA